UCGGCUGCACAGUUCUUUUUCUUAUAGGAGCAGACUUCCAUGAUCGAUCCUCCAAUCCAUGAACUGGUCUUCUUAAGUGCUUCUUCUUGUUAUUUCAUACUGAAGAAAUAUCACCAAACAUUACAAACCAUGGAGCUGACUGGGGAGCAGCUGAAAACGGCAGAGACCCUGCUGAAAAGAUAUUUACCGCGGUCACAGCCGGUGUACGGUACUUUGGUCCUCAGAAACAGAGUCAGAUCAGACCCUGUAAAGGUUUUAGUGGACAGAUGGCCAGAGUUCAGUGUCAUCCUCUGCAAACCACAAUAUGAACAGGAGGGUGAUCUCUUCAAAGACGUACUGGUUUUUGCAAACGAUGAAGCUAUGCUCAAGGAAACCAUAAGGAAGUCGUCUGUUAUUGAUUGGACCUUGUACCUUUGUGUUGGAAUUGAUCUUCGCCAUGCGGAGAUAUUCACAGCUGUGGCAUCAGAAAAAAACGCACCCAGCAACAAAAGGGCAGUGUGUCACAUGAUGAUACUAGAGGAUGUAUCCAAGCUUCCCUCUCUAGACAGCAUCAGCCCAGGGAUCUGCCUAAGCUCUCUGGAUGAAUCUCACAUUGACUUAGUGAAUCAGACAUGGAAGUUUGGAAAGAAUGAGGCAGCUAUGAGGAUGAUGCACAACAUGACUGCAAACUUCCCCUCCUGCUGUGUGCUGGAUGCAGAGAGAAAGCCUGUGUCCUGGAUCCUGACCUAUUCGUCGUGUGCUAUGGGGAUGUUGUACACUCUGCCAGAGCACAGAGGGAAAGGCUACGCCAAAGUCCUGGUCGGCACCAUGGCCAGAAGACUCCUUGCUGAGGGCUACCCAGUCUACUGCUUCAUAGAGGAGGAGAACAUGGUCUCCUACAGGCUCUUUAAAAACUUGGGCUUUACUGAAGAUCCCUCGUACAGGGAAACCUGGUUUGCAUUCAAUGAUAUUUAGAUAUUUCAAUGAAGGCUAA